AAUUCUAGUUUUAACGAAAAAUGAAAAAUCCAGAAGGUGAGGGAAGGGAGGUAGCAGAGACCAGACAGGAUUCUCUUUCUCCUACACCGGAGACGCAACCAAAGUCCUUUUCUCCUCCAUUAGAUACGACGGCGGCUUCCUCCAUGGAAAGCGUGGCUGCGGCGGCGCUGCGCUCGGUGCUUCAGCGAGUGAGUCAGGCUGCGGAGCGGUCAGGUCGUGGAUCGGAUCGGAUUCGAGUGGUGGCCGUGAGCAAGACUAAGCCAGUGACAAUCCUUCGGCAAGUGUACGACGCAGGCCACCGAUGCUUUGGGGAAAAUUACGUCCAAGAGCUCGUUGAGAAAGCGCCUCAGCUUCCUGAAGACAUACAAUGGCAUUUCAUUGGGAAUCUGCAGAGCAAUAAAGUGAAGCCACUCCUAACUGGUGUGCCAAAUCUUGCCAUGGUGGAGACUGUAGAUGAUGAAAAGAUAGCUAAUCAUCUCAACCGUGCAGUUGGAAACAUUGGAAGAAAACCUCUCGGAGUAAUGAUCCAAGUAAAUACCAGUGGUGAAGAAUCUAAAUCCGGUGUCGAGCCUGCUGGUUGUGUGGACUUGGUUAAACAUGUUACAACAAACUGUCCUAACCUAGAAUUCCGUGGCCUGAUGACAAUAGGAAUGCCGGAUUAUACUUCUACCCCAGAGAAUUUCGAGACAUUAGCAAAUUGUCGGAGUGAGAUUUGCAAGGCACUGGGGAUGGCAGAAGAGCAAUGUGAGCUUUCAAUGGGCAUGUCCGGUGACUUUGAGCUUGCUAUUGAGAUGGGCAGUACCAAUGUUAGAAUUGGAUCCACCAUAUUCGGAGCUAGGGAGUAUCCGAAGAAACAAGCAAAAUAGAUUGGUAUUAUCUCUGCAACAUACUGAUUUCUGCUGCUUUUCUUGGCCAUUUGAGGUGAUUAUUCGGAGCUGAUAGCUAGCAACAUAAUUCUUUGGCUGAGUUCCAUGAUGUUUGUGAUUAUUACUGGACUAUUAUACAUAGGUACUUCAAGUACCAACUUAUUUUAUAAUAGGACCUUAAAAAUAAAAUCAUUUAAUAGUUCUUUGAUAUAA